UCCUGCUCUGCGGAGCCGCGCCCCGCCAUGGCCGACGCGAUUCAGAAGAAGCUGCAGGGCGAGGUGCAGAAGUAUCAGCAGCUGCAGAAAGAUCUGAGCAAGUCCAUGGCCAGCAGGCAGAAGCUGGAGGCCCAGCUCACCGAGAACAACAUCGUCAAGGAGGAGCUGGCCCUGCUGGACGCCUCCAACGCCGUCUACAAGCUGCUGGGCCCCGUGCUGGUGAGGCAGGAGCUGGGCGAGGCCCGGGUGACCGUGGGCAAGAGGCUGGACUACAUCACCGCCGAGAUUAAGCGCUACGAGGCUCAGCUGCAGACGUUGGAAGGCGAAGCGGAGCGCCAGCGGGAGACCCUGUCCAGGCUGCAGCAGGAUUUUCAGCGGGCGCAGGCCCAAGGCCCGGCCAAGGCCUGACCCCCCCGACGACCCCUCGACCCUUGACCCUUGACCCCCGGGUCGGCCCCUCGUGAAGCCGGGUCCCCGGGGGGGCGGCCAAUAAAUCACCCCAACGGUU